UACAAAGCCCACGACAUCCCUCUCAUUCUGUGUCUUCUACUCUCCAUCCUCUGCCCAUGGCCGUCUCUCUCUCCCCUAUUCCCCCUAAACCUCCCUUCUCUCUCCUAUAAUACAAUCCCAUUCCCCACUUCCCUAUCCAGUCGAUUUCUUCUUUUGAAACUUCACCUUCAAUCUUCAAAGCAAUUUCCUUCCACUUUCCUUUCUCUUUUCCCGAUUGGUUUAGUAAAUAAGCUUCUUUUAUCAAUAGUUUGAGAAUUCUGAUUUCUUCAUAUAUGUAUACACGGGGGACAUGAAUUGCUGUUCUUUUGUAAGCUUGGGUAUGAGCCGGCGGAUGAUUUUCUUCUAUUUCUAAAAAAAACCCUUAUUCUGCUGCCCAAUGGCGAUCGUCACAGGAGAUCGCUACCUCGAGAAGCUGGUCAAAUUCGUUGACGAGGAAGCGGGGGCUUUGAUUGAAGGGGCAAAGGUGCUGAAGCUCAACCCGGCGGGGCUCCACUACGUGCAGUCGCGGCUCGAGGCGUUGCAGGAGCUCGAGAGACUUCUCGCGGGAGCUCCGGUUGACUAUCUACGUGCCUACGUGUCGGAUCUUGGGGACCACCGUGCUCUCGAGCAGCUUCGCCGGAUUCUACGGCUCCUAACGACUCUUAAGGUGGUAUCUGCCUUGCCCCCUCCUGCACGUGAUCCCACACCGCUCUCGCUGCUGCCGUUUGGAAGACUUAAGGUUCUGGAACUUAGGGGGUGCGAUUUGUCAACGUCAGCAGCCAAAGGAUUGCUUGAGUUGAGGCAUACUUUGGAGAAGAUUAUUUGUCAUAAUUCAACUGAUGCUUUGCGACAUGUGUUUGCCAGUAGAAUUGCUGAGAUAAAGGGCUCUCCACAAUGGAACCGGUUGUCCUUUGUUUCCUGUGCAUGUAAUCGCUUGGUACUAAUGGAUGAGUCUUUGCAACUUCUUCCUGCUGUUGAAACCCUUGAUUUAAGUCGAAACAAGUUUGCGAAGGUGGAUAAUCUUCGGAAAUGUGCCAGGUUGAAACUCUUGGACCUUGGAUUCAAUCAACUGCAAACCAUUUCAUCCUUUGGUGAGGUCUCCUGUCAUGUUGUUAAACUUGUUUUGAGGAACAAUGCUCUAACUACAUUGCGUGGGAUUGAGAAUUUGAAGUCACUUGAAGGACUUGAUGUUUCCUACAAUAUUAUUUCCAAUUUUUCAGAGUUGGAGUUCCUUGCUGGCCUUCCAUCUCUACGAAGUGUGUGGUUGGAAGGGAAUCCACUAUGUGGUGCCCGAUGGUAUCGAGCACAAGUGUUCAGCUACUUCAGUCAUCCAGAAAAUUUGAAGUUAGAUGACAAGGAAAUCAGCACCAGAGAGUAUUGGAAGAGAAAAAUUAUUGUUGCCAGUAGACAGAAGCGACCUUCCAGCUUUGGGUUCUAUUCUCCUGCAAAGGUUGAUGCUGAAGGAGAGGGGGGUAUCAACAAAAAGAGGAUAAAGGUGUCUCGACUUGCGUGCAUUGAGGGUGAACGAGAGAGCACAUAUAUUUGUUCUGAUCUGGAUUCUGUAUCAUGUGAUAAUGAAAUUCAAAGCAGAGAGGAGAAUAUAAUAUCUGAGGAUGAAGCUGAAAUAGUUGAUUUGAUGAAAAGAGUAGAGCAAUUGAAGAAAGAGCGCUCCAUUCUUUGGUUGCGGGAGUUCAAGGACUGGAUGGAUCAUGCUUCUGAGAAUUUUGCAGAUGAUGUUGGGGCUAGGUUACAUCUUGGAAAAGAAAAUUAUAAGAAAAGCGGGAAAAGUGAGAGGCAUCUUAGUGAAAGUUCAAGAUAUGUUUCAGACUCGGUUCAAGCUUCGGGAGAUGAAAGUAGCGUGAAUUUCCUAGAAUCUGAUAAUUCAUUUGCAGAUACAUCUACUGGUGUGCAUGCCCACAAAUCCUUUGACCAUAUUGUUCCCUCAGGUAUUACUGGUGGGGUCUCUCUACCAGGCUUGAGGACAGUGGAUCUUAAACAGGAAUAUCAGAAAUCUUACUUGCAUGAUGAGACUAGCAGUGGAUCCAUGCAAGCUGAGAGUUCUCAUCGUAAUUUUGUUACUGUCCAAGGAAGUAAUAGGAUGGUUGAAAAUGCCAGUGUAUCGCAGUUGAAUACAAUUAAUGAUAUAACUGAGUCUAAUUCUUCCUCUGCUUACCCUGGAUCACCUCCUCAUUAUCAAGAGGACCUUUUGCAUCGCCGCCACAAUUUGGUGGAAGAAAUUCUGCAGUUAUCUGCAGAUUCCUAUUCAAUGGCAUCAUCUGAUAGUGAUACCAGCUGUAGUGAAGAUGAUGACUGCGAAGUUGAGCUACCAGUCCAGGGACAUCUCAAUAGGAGUGUUGAAGGGCAUUCUCCAUCGGAUCCUUUUGAGGAUAAUUACUAUGAAAAAGGAAACAAGGUUUCAGAUGGAAGUGAAAAUGGCAUCUGCUUCAUUGAUUCAUGUGCUGAACAAACUUUGAACACCUCUAAAACUGUAAGUACAAACCAACCCCCGCAAUUGUCUAAUGCCUUAGAUAUAGGUUCUCAUGAUCUAGACAUACCUUCUUUUACAAAUCAAGAGGCUGAUUGGUUGGAGAAGAGAAAAAGCAGAAGGAAAACAAAAAGAAGGGUGAUUUCAUUGCUGGAAGAGAAUAAUAUGGUUGGCCGUAAGCAGGUGCCACAAGAAUCAAAUGGUAGUCUGGAUGCUUGUGGGGCUGAUAUUGAAGACAUGCAGGGGAAGCACUUUCUAAAUGGGAUUGAUCAGAAAGAUUUUGAUAAAAAUCAGAUGAGGAAAAAUCCAAUUUCAACUCCUCUAAUUGAUGAUGCAGCUAGAUAUUCUGAUGCUAAAUGCUCUUCUCAGGGGAAGAAUGAUUUUAUUGUGGACUACUUCAAUAAAAAUGUUGCAGAUUCGAGAGUUCAUGAGACUUGUAGGCAAUAUAUGCGUUGCAAUUGUAUACUUGACCAUUCUGUCUGCAAAGAAAGAGAAGUAGUUCUACUAUUAAGCAGUGAGGAAAAGUUGUAUGUGCUGCUUGUUGGUGUUGCAUUUGAUGGAUCAGAUACUAUCCUGGAUUUAUUAGGUUGCCAUAAGGUUGAAGAUAUAAGAGAAGUUUUAGUUGGUCUGGGUCUUCAAAUUGUGAGGGCUUACAUUGAGGGGAGUGUAGCCUACUUGUUCAUUACACGUAGCAUCAAGAAAUCAACUCGAUUGCUUCAGACUUUGAAAGUUUUUGAUUCAUGUGCACCAAAUGAUAAAUGUUCUUUAGGGAGUUUGGAGAAGAUGCAGGCUCAGUUAUUUGAGAAAGAAAUAUGCGGAGGUUCAAAAGUAAGCAUAUUCCAGUAUUCCAUGGUGCUUUUUCAGCAAGGUGGCAAUGAAGAGGAAUCAUGGCACUCAAGAUCACUGUUUGUUGUUGGAGGACAUGUGCUUGUGUGUGUUGAAGACAUUAUUCAGUUCAGCUCUCUCCCAAAUGAUGCAAGCUCCCCUCCAUAUUUCUCACUUGAUUCAUGCUGCAACAUCACAGAUGUAUCUGAGAUGGUCAUUGAGGGAAGGGAAAGCCAUUGUGUGACAUUAGCUCUCGAGUGCACUACAUCAGGGGCCUGCUCCUCAACGAAAGCGCAAAAGGAGGUUGCUACAAGUAAUAAAGAAAAGAACAUAGCAGGGGCUCGGAGGUGGAAACUGAAGUGGUUAUCAGAAGAGAGUUUAUUCCAGUUUGUGGCCUUGAUGAAGGCGAUCCACCUAGGGAUGGCUUUAUCUCCCUUGCUUGUAAGAUGUGUAUCAUGAAAAGUUUUUAAGUUUUCGGUUUUGCACGUUUCUUAUUCAUUUCAUUCUUUUGAUUUGGGGCUUUCAUUUGCUUGUUUCUUUCUUUUUUUUUUCUUUUGCUUUAAAAUUUGCAAUUUUGUUUGGUUGGCUACCAUGGUGUGGCAAGUUGACAACUCUGUGUCAGUAUUCUUUGAUUUGUAUUCUGUUUUAAGUUAAAACUUUCCCAUGUACAGAUUGUACAGUAUAGAAAAUGCAUUGAUGUUGAGUCAUUUUUGGA